AGAAUUUCAAGGCUCUGUUUCAUCUGUUCUACCCAUUCAUGCAUCACCCCUACAGCUCGUGCCUGGUUGGCUCCUGAGCUGGGACCACAAAAAAAAAUAAAAAUAGAGAAGCGUGAUUAGGGGAAAAAAACAUUUUGAAAAGCGAGCAGCUGAGUUUAUUAGAGGUCUGGUCUAUUGGAGUUAAUGUUCAAACAUGAACUAAACUCUCAGCGGCAUAAUUAUGAGAUGAACAAAUAAGUAAAACGUAUAAUAUGUAAAAAGGGAAGAAGCCUGACAGGCAAUAAAGGAUCAGCUGAAUGAGUCACAAAUCCAAAAACAGUUGAUAAGUUGUGAUCCAUAGAAAUCAUCCUAUUUAAAAUGUACUAUACAGAGAUAACGGAUAUUUGCACUAAACAGUUAUAGCCUCAAGAAUAAAAGCUUUAGGUGUGAUAAGAAGUAAAUAUGUUACAAAGAUCCACAGUUCACGGUGCGUUUGUCCUGUGGAGACAGUCCUGCUUGCAGUGUGUGGUUCCUGUGUUUUAUUUUGGUAGGACGGAAGUAGUGGUCACGCAAAGAGGCGCAACUGACAAGGUGGGUGUGUUUAAAUGUGACCAUGACUAAAGCACUUGUUUUAUUCAAAGGACCGAUCCUCUGCAUUAUUAUCUUCAGUUACGCUGUUUGUCAAAAAACAAAAACUUUAAAGCGACAGUGCGACAUUUUUUUUACUCCUGCGCUUUUGCAUGCAGAGAAACUAAAUCAAAAGCAAAGUGUACAUACAUACAGUAUCUGCUGAUUCAAUUCAGGAAAACACACUCAAAUGUCAAAACAGCUUUUUGAAUGUGGAUCAUAGGCUCCACCUAUGAUGUGAUCGUUUUCAUAGUUCUUAGUUUAGUGAGUUUUGAUGAUGUUUAUUAAUUAGAACAACUAGAGGCGCACACCGCUGUCCCUGUUUGCUCUCAGUCCUGUUCUAGUUUCUCCAAGAACGUUCAACUUGGCUCAGAAGACGCGAACAGAUGCAGGACCUGUUUGUUCUUGCAUCUCUAGGAACAAGAAAGAAACUUUUUAGCAGGGUUUCAAAGACAUGGAACCCGUUCCAGCCUACUCUGGUUCGUGGACAACGGGGCACAUCAUCAUUGCAUCAGUCGCAGCGUGCUCAUCAUCCCAGCAGCGGAUUAAAAAAGCGGCUUCCCUCCAGCUUCCUUCUCUUCCUGUAGCAACAGCACCACUACGGACCGGUGUCAGCCUAUCCGUGCCAGGGUGCCCGACCAUCGGAACAGCCCAAUCCGCUGCGCUUCCUCUUCCAUAACAGCCAGGAGCUACCCAGGAUUUACGUCCCGUUGAUCCAGUCCCGCCAACCCGGGUGGAAGCGGCUCGGGCGUUAGGCUGCUGGACCUGGACAGCGGGAGCUGGCCGGAACCUCGACCACCUUCGCCUGUUUCCAAAGUUGAAACAAGCAAGUCAGAGGAGGAGCAGGGGACCACUCACUGGAUUUUGACCCCAUGACUCCACGUGUGUCACCCAUCUUGUAUAAAAGACAAAUGUGCACGUACAGAAAUGGAGCAGGUACUGUGUUCGAAGACAAAGUGCUCAGGUGUCGGCUGUUCCAACAAGAUGCUCCUCCAACUAUUUCUGGAUGUUGGCGUGAGAAAACAAAAAACCAGAGCAGCAGUCACCAGCGCCCGGCUUACUGGGGCCGUGCUGACCAGCUCAAAGGAGGGGCACGUCCCAGUUACCCACAUGCAAGGAGGUUGUCAAACAGAGAAAUCACUGCAGACUGUUGGUACACAGACAUCUGCUGCCCAGCUCAGGAGUUUAAGUUUCUACAUUUGUAUUACCUUGAUGAGGUGAUGGUGAGGACAGCCACAGCUUACAUCUGGUUGUUAAGCUUCAGCAGAGGCUCCAUCAGUGUCAAAAGAGAGAAGGAUACAGCCUUCAGCACCUCCACAGCCUGUUACAUUAAGUGGUUGUCCAUGUCGAAGUCAACCCAGAUGCCAUUGUCCAAUAUCACAGUGCCCAAGCCUUCCAUCUCAAGGGUGCCCAGCAGCAUGGAGGGCAUUAACCAUGAGCUGGAAAAGGUCUUUAUCAAAGAUGGAGAAAAGGAGGAGCUCAAGUCUCUCGAAGUUCCUGACGGCCGACGGGCACCCUUCCCCCCCCAGCAGCGCAGCAGCAGCACACACAGCGUGGAUACCCAGACCCCCUCAGUGCCUGGAAGGUCCAGCAGCUGCUCUAGCUUGUCACCCUGCCCUUCACCAGCCUGUCCGCCAGGCUCACAUGAUGGUAGUCCUUACUCAACGGAGGACCUACUUUACGACCGGGAUAAAGACAGUGGAAGCGGCUCACCAUUGCCAAAGUUCGCCUCAUCACCCAAACCCAACAACAGCUACAUGUUCAAACGAGAGCCACCAGAGGGCUGUGAGAAAAUUAAAGCUUUUGAGGAGAUGAGUCCCAGGCAGUCCACAUCAGCGUCAGUCCCCCUCUUCUCCUGCCCUGACAAAAACAAGGUCAACUUCAUUCCUACAGGUUCAGCGUUCUGCCCUGUCAAACUUCCCGGCUCUCUGCCCCUAACCCCGGCUUUAGAGCCUGAUGAAAAUGAGGACAACACAGAAGUGGGCUCCAGCUUCGAGGUCCAGGGGGGGGCAUUGUUCUAUGGUGCCCCUACUCAGGUUUCCACGAGCACCAACACAGAUGACCCUCUGGAGGAAACUGGAUCAGUCGCCGAGACUGCAGAUCAGACAGACACCCCGGCUAUUAGCUAGACCUGAGCAGAGCUGGCCUCUGGCUUCAGGGUCUGUGCCAGCAGACGCCAACCAUCACCACAAACUUUCCCACUGACACCUUUUGCUCUUACAGAGGAUUUUCCAUUUCUCUGUGCUGACACCCUCCAGUCCCUUGUUAUCUCUGCAUGACAUAGCAACAGUGUCCCAGUUAACCACUUCCACUAGGACUUGCCGCCUUAAUAUUUUGUCCUAAAUAAUGUCUGACCUUAUGGUUGUAGAGUUAUCUAAUGCAGGUAUUGGAGGAAAGAGGAGAUGAUUACGGAAGGGGUAUGGGUAUGCAUACAAACCCAGCUGUAUAUGUUUAACUAAGUUGUGUUGUGUUCAAUUUCAACAAUCACAGUAUGAAUAAGCUCUUUGAACGUAUACAUACAUGGCUUGUACACACACACAUACACACUAAUUUAUAUAUACACACACAAUCCCAAACUUUAUAUAACUGUGUUACAUACCAAACCAGAAAAUCAGCUGACUGAGGAUUAUGUUUACACACAUUGUUGAUCCCUGUCUAAAAAUUGCUAGACUAAAUAAGACUGAAAGCAAAAUUAAAUGGCCACAAUUCGGUUGCACCAACUCUGCAUUUGUUCUUGAUUCAGGUAUUUCACAAUCAGAGUCUAUACUCAGGUAAUUUGGAAUGUAUAUCCAUACAAAUAUCUGCAGCUUGUCAAAGCAGAGAAAAUUCAGUGUCAUCAUUCCUGGUUGUCCAUAUGAUUCAUCUCAGUCUAGGUAGAGCAUGAGAACAUGGGCAUGUAGUGCUGGAUUGUCUGGUCUGAUGGUUAUGGAGUGUACAGUAUGGACCACACAGCAGGGGUGACAGCAAGCCAAACAGGAGGAACCCUGGCUGUUAAGACCUUACCAUGUUUAUCAACUUACUCUGUUACACAAGAAUAUUAUGUGGCAAGUUUCAGUAAGACUGACUGAUAUUUAUACAACCAACACAUCCAAUUAAGUUUUAGGCAUCCUACUGUAAGGAGCAUUUCUGAUGUUUACGGUAAAAUAUAACAGCAGAGACUGUAACUCGGGGAGGGAAUGUUACAUAUACAGUACAUCCUCUUUGAAUUGGAGUGUUACUAGGAGGCACAAGAUUUAAUUUGUAAAUUUAAGAUGAAGUUAAAUUAUGAUCAUUUGAUCACCAACUACUAGGAUCUUGGGAUAAAAUGGUCAAACUUGCUAGAAGACUUGAACCAUGACUUCCACCAAUCCUGGUCUCUCAGCUUGAAAUAAGAAUAAGAAUGCCUUUAUUGGUCCCACAGCGGGGAAAUUAUACCUCACAACAGAAACAGGACAAAAAAACUGUAUAGAGUUACCAUACAGUAUACCAACUGUUUGUAUGGUAUGUAUAGAGAAAAUAUACAUACCAUACAAACACAAAUUAAUAACAGAGCAAAUGUAGUUAACAGUUCUGAUUGUAGAGUCUGAUAGCAGCAGGUAGGAAAGAUCUGCGAUAUCUCUUCUUCACACAGCGAGUGUGGAUUAAUCUGUUACUGAAGCUGCUCUCAGGAGCAGUGAGUCCACCAGUGGGUGAGAGUCCUGGGCCAGGAUGGAUGUCAGUUUAGCCAGGACCCUUCUCUCACCCACCUCCUGCACCGUGUCCAGAGUGCAGCCCAGAACAAAGCUGGACUUGUUGAUGACCCUGUCCAAUCUCUUCCUGUCCCUCGCUGUGAUGCUGCUGCUCCAUCAGACCACACAUACAGGACGGCUGAUGCCAUCACAGAGUCAUAGAAGGUCUUCAGGAGUGGCCCCCUCACUCCAAAAGACUCAGUCUCCUCAGCUGGUAGAGUCUGCUCUGACCCUUCCUGUACAGUGCAUCUGCUGCGUAUUAACAAAGCUAUGCUAACCAACAGUGUCAGCGCACAAGAUAGCUCUGGCAUCUGCCAGGACACGGCUUAGAGGUAAGAACAUGAACAUCAUGAACAUCUGUCAUUCCUGCUCAUUUUAUGCUAUGUAUCAAAUCAAAAAAGCUAAAAGGUGACAACAAACAAGAUCAGUGCAAUGUUUUCAUGACAUUGCUUGGCCAAAAGCUUUGGUCACUUAUUGAGAGCUUUAAAACAAAAUGUUGUGAAAUGUUGAUAUCAUGUUAGAGUGCCAGUGAUUUUAUAAUGCACGUAAAUAAUAAUAGCCAGGGUUCCUUUAAGCCUAUUGAGUCAAUUACAUGAAGGUACGGUGGAUCCUAAGCAUUAGGGUAUUGCCAUAAGCAGAUUGGAGUCUAGUUGUACAAACAUAUAGUUGUGGUAAAAACCUCUGAUUUAACGAAAAAACCACUUUUCAUUAAACAGUCGAUACCUCAUUAAAUGAGCGUGAUCAUGAGCGUGACAUAGUUCCUUCUUUUGCUGUGUCUGCAGUCAUUGUGCUCAUUAGUGACCCCCGUGGGUAGUGAACCAAACACACCAGCUAAAACACUAUUCACUGCAACCUACUGAUUGUUUCAGUGUGAUUCUCGUCCCACAUUGAGAUGCACUUUCUGUUUUACAUCUGUUGAUGUGACCCUAAGAAUCCAUGGGGUUCUGUGUCAGACUGACAUAAAAUGAGAGUUAGUUUCAUCAUAGUGAUCACCACUACAUUAAUAUUUGACUUGGUAAAACCUACAGUAGGCGUGUAUUUAACAGCUUGAUUUGGCUCUAUGCUGGUACAUACUGUAGCUCAGGGCUGGAUUGUCGCUAGGGGGCAGGAAAAACAAGUUAAGACACGCCAAGGAAGAAUCAAAAUUCAAAAAACCUUAUUAAUCCCAGAGGGAAAUUAUUUUGCACACUUUGUUUGCUAAGUUUAUCUAAUUUAGCAGUGAUUUACUGUCUGUUUAAGCUUGUGUUCAUUGUAAAAUCACUAGCUCAUACACAUCUGUUCCACAGGUUUAGACACGUAAUAUUUGUACAACUUUUCUCUCCAAUCUGCAUCUGAGACUGUCUUAGAAACCUAGACUGCCAAACACUCUUAUUCUAUUACAUACAUUCUUUGAGAUUUGAGAAUGAUCUGAUCCCAGGAAGAGACGUUUGGUACAGUACAACGUUCAUUUGUAUGAAUGCUUAGAUAAAGGAGCACACUGGCCUGUGUCGCUAUCAUUCACUCUGAUGCUACCACCAAACAAAAAAAACCCUCCUGAACAUUAGUUGAAUAAGCAUUACAGAUGUGAUAAAGAGGCUAAUUUGUUUUAUUGUUGUUUAUUAAUUUGUUCUAUGAAUCCACAUUUAUUUUGUUAUUGCGUGUGGUUGUGGACUUCCUGAAUUGGUUCUCAGUUUUUAUGUCCUAUGUAUGUGGCUUUUAUAAAAGCUCAAUGCAACAUUGUGGUUACUAAUGACAUUUUAGCACUUUACCAAAGGCUAUAGCUUUCCCAAUGCCCCACAUAUACUCAGCACUGGUAUAAUACAUGUGUGCAAUUUUAGGAACAAAAGUUGUUGUCUACCCAGAUGCUGUCUGUUCUUUGACUCAUGCGUCUUAUCUUGCAUUUCUUUGUUUUGAGCAUGGGGGUUAGAGCAGCAAACGGAUUGUUGUUAAGCCAUUAAUAGAAAUAACAGCUUUGAGUGACCAGAGCACAUCACUGGUAGAUCAAAGUGUUCAUCAACUCACUUCAUGAUACGUCUUGUGUAACCCGCAAUGUCAAAUUUUAUGCACAAUGGCAAUAAAAAAAUAUUAAUUGUUUUGUCCAUUA